ACGCUCUCCAUUGUCGUGUCUGCAGUAAGAAGACGGCCUGCCAUUGGAAACAAACAUGACAGGUAAUUCAAUGGACACAUUGAUUGUGCGUCAUCUGCCAGGGGAACUCAGUCAAGCUGAGAAAGAGGACUUGUUGAGACAUUUUGGAGCAGAAAAUGUCAAGGUUAUGGGAAACAGAGGGAGAAUGAAAUAUACAGCCUUUGCUACUUUUAAGGACCAUGCUUGUGCCAGGGAGAGCCUAUCACAUCUGCAUCAGCUGGAGGUUUUAGGAAGUAAGCUGGUUGUAGAAUUUGCAAAAGAAAACCAGAGGAAAAAUUUCCCGUCAGUUGUAGAUGGCAGGGUGAAGAAGGAAAUGAAUGAGGAGAAAAGUGACAAGAAUGAAGAUAUGAAGGCUGAUGUUAUACAGACACCCCUACCAUCUGUAGACAAGACAUUUACAAAAUGGAGUCUUGAAUAUCCAAGAAAUCCACGAUUGAGCUAUCUUUAUCCUCCUCCUAAUAUGUCAAUUAUCAGCAACAUAGCUAAUGCUGUGGCAGCCUUCCCCAAACUGUAUGUCCAGGUUUUGCAUCUGAUGAACAAGAUGAAUCUCCCCUCUCCAUUCGGGCCUCUCACUGCUCAGCCGCCUCUGGGCCAUGAACAGCCAACUCAGCCACCGGAGCUCCAGCAUGUGAAGGAGGUCAGUUCUGAGGAAUCUGAAAUAGAGAGUGAUGAGGACACAAAGAGAUCCAUUUUUGGCCAACAAGCUUCUAAAAGACCAAGAACUACAUCAUCCAAGUCAUUCAAACCAAACAAGGUUCCAAGACUGAUCCUGGAGACAGAAACGCCACACCCAAAACCCACAGGGCCAGUAUUAUCAGCAAAAGAUGUGUUUGAACAAACCAAUCAACCAGGAGUUAAAAAGAUUCAGCUCAAGAUUCCAGACGCAGUUGUAGCAACAACUGUACAACCAAUCACAGACCAGGAUGUACGGGAUAAAGAAACAACUCACAAAGAUGAUGGAAGUGGAUUUGGAAAGAUAGCUCCCUCAGAAAAGCCAAUUGAAGCUAUAGAACUAAAGGACUCAAGCCUUCCUUAUACAGUAGACCCAAGUCUCUUCCUAACCACUGAACAACUCCACAAUGGUCGAAUCUCCACUACAGAGAUGAAGAACUUCUCGGUGUUUAAGCGAUAUGAUGCUGGUGAGCCAACAACAAGACUUUACAUAAAAAAUCUGGCGAAGCACACGACAGAACAGGAUAUUGUCAAUCUCUACGGACAGUACAUAAACUGGCAUUCAGAACUUCAUAAAAACAUGUUUGAUGUAAGACUUAUGAAGGAAGGUCGUAUGAAGGGUCAAGCAUUUGUGACAUUUCCCACAGAAGAGGCAGCGAGUCGUGCACUUACAGACACCAAUGGUUACGUUAUCAACACUAAACCCAUGGUGGUUCAAUUUGCAAGAUCAGCGAAGGCUAAAGACUGAGGCGAGAUACAUGUGAUGAACAGAUAAAAAGAAUUCCAAGUUAUUGGGAAUAAAGUCCUGAUGAGAAGGAAUACUGGAGUGAUUAAGGAUGACCAGACCAAGUACAAGCUGUGAUUUAAUGACAUACAGGUGUAAACCUACCUCACCUGUAUGUAAAGAAGACACCAAUUUCAGAAUGAUUAGCAGCAAUAGACAUAAACUUAGUAAUUUACAAGGACUAAGGAAUACUAGGAGGCUAAGAAAUGUUUCCUGGUGUCUAAGGACAUGAAUAUGAUAAACCUUGAGGAUUAACAAACAGUUCUAGUCUAAGAGGUGUUUCCUGGUGUCUAAGGACAUGAAUAUGGUAAAACCUUGAGGAGUAACAAACAGUACUAGUCUAAGAGGUGUUUCCUGGUGUCUAAGGACAUGAAUAUGGUAAAACCUUGAGGAGUAACAAACAGUACUAGUCUAAGAGGUGUUUCCUGGUGUCUAAGGACAUGAAUAUGGUAAAACCUUGAGGAGUAACAAACAGUACUAGUCUAAGAGGUGUUUCCUGGUGUCUAAGGACAUGAAUAUGGUAAAACCUUGAGGAGUAACAAACAGUACUAGUCUAAGAGGUGUUUCCUGGUGUCUAAGGACAUGAAUAUGGUAAAACCUUGAGGAGUAACAAACAGUACUAGUCUAAGAGGUGUUUCCUGGUGUCUAAGGACAUGAAUAUGGUAAAACCUUGAGGAGUAACAAACAGUACUAGUCUAAGAGGUGUUUCCUGGUGUCUAAGGACAUGAAUAUGGUAAAACCUUGAGGAGUAACAAACAGUACUAGUCUAAGAGGUGUUUCCUGGUGUCUAAGGACAUGAAUAUGGUAAAACCUUGAGGAGUAACAAACAGUACUAGUCUAAGAGGUGUUUCCUGGUGUCUAAGGACAUGAAUAUGGUAAAACCUUGAGGAGUAACAAACAGUACUAGUCUAAGAGGUGUUUCCUGGUGUCUAAGGACAUGAAUAUGGUAAAACCUUGAGGAGUAACAAACAGUACUAGUCUAAGAGGUGUUUCCUGGUGUCUAAGGACAUGAAUAUGGUAAAACCUUGAGGAGUAACAAACAGUACUAGUCUAAGAGGUGUUUCCUGGUGUCUAAGGACAUGAAUAUGGUAAAACCUUGAGGAGUAACAACACAUGAACACUAAGUCUUUUUGAACAGUACUAUAGAUGAUAUCUAAGGGUUUUAGCAAUGCUGUAGGUGACCAAGGAUGUGACCAUAGUAACAUCCAAAUAGAAACAGAUAGUGCAUGACAAUGUAGACAGACUUCCAUGAAGUGAAAGAGGAUCAAUUAUCUAUGAUGAUGUUCAUGAUAUAUACCUGGUGAAAUAAGACUGUUUCCCAUCACCUAUAAACAUCUGAGAUCUGUUUCAAAAUGCAUAACUUCAUUUUAUUUAAAUCAGAAUAAAAGGUUUAUGCUAUGUCAGCUACAAUUAAAAACAAGCUAAAGUAGCUUUUGAUGU